UAAUCUGUACCACCUCACAUGUGCAUAUGUACACUUCUCUGUACGUGCAGUAUGCAUCCGUCAGUGAUUGGAAGCAGUUGGCGUUUGGAGUGUCAAUCGAAGUCGGCUGAUUACGGGUUGCGUGUUUGUUUGCCUUCCCCAAAGGAAAGGAGAUUACCACCGCUUCUUUCACUCUCUCUUUCUCUCUCCUGGAACGCGAGAACUGCUUCUUGCUGUUUUUUUUUACACAAACGAUUAGAAUGGAAUGUGGGAGGGAAGAUGCAAGAGAAGCAAACAUUUUCCCAUACAGCACGGCCGACGGCAUUGGACGGCUGUGUGCAAUUCCCUGCAAUCUUUAUCAUACUCUCACUCUCUUGCUUUGGUGCUCCCUCUCGCUCUCUCUCUCUCUCAUAAUCCCUCUUCUUGCUCAUAAUAUUUGCGUUAAAAACAAAAACACACCUCAUUUAUUGCCUCUCACACCAGCGGCACACACAAAAAAGAAGGGCCAUUCUCUUUCCCUCAAACGAGACAACUACACCCACCCACACACCCAACCAGCCACCACAACUGGUGCAUGUGCAUCAUGUGCAAAAGAGAGUCUGAUGCACUUCCGCGGAAACUACACACAAACACACACUCACACCCACACAAACACGCGAUUGCACUUGGGUGAUUUAAUUUUUUCCUCUCUCUCUGUACGCUCUCUCCCCUCUCUCUCGCUAUCUCUCUUGUUUUUUUGUUGUUGUUGCAAAAAUUGAGAAAGAGAUAUGGGGAGGGUUGUCGUGUCGGCCAUACAUACCAUGCACCACGGCGCUGUGUGCAGCUGCAGUUUCAGUGCAUCUCUCGCGCAGGGUGCACGGUGUAUCGCGACAUCAUCCUUCUUCGGCGUGCCUGGUUCUGCUUUUGUUUUCCAUUUGCGCAAUCUUUUCUCGCGUCUUUUGUUGUUGUGAUCGAUUCGUGCGUGUGUAUGUAUGUGUGCAGCUCGAUCAAAAACCAGAAGAGGGAAAAGGCUAGUGGAUGCAAGCCAAUACACGAAGGAGGUGCAUGCAAGAGGAAUAAACACAAAACACGGAACAAUAGCAGCAGCAGCAGCAGCAAAACAGUAGAAGAAUAUCAACGAUAAACCAAAAGUGUGCGUGCGUGCAUGUGUGGUUGUUGUGUGAAGUACAACACGUGAAAGACAAAAGCAGCACGCACAGAGAGGAGCAAAGUGUGUCAUAAACAAAAGAGGAAGAGAAGAGAGACCCUUAGGGCGAAAAUGGCGAAGGAGUAAUAGAAUCAAGAUUGGGGCAAACAGAGAACAGAAGCCGCAACGGAACAAAGGAUUGUCCAAUGUAAAGGAUUCGCGCGCACACACACACAACCCUUACCCUACCGAACGACGAACGUCCAACGUGUGUGUGUGUGUGACGGUUAUACUGAUAGCUGGACAGGCGAGCGACCGGGUACAUAUCGGCGCGAAGAGCGAGGACCGGCGGCAGGGUUGUUCCCCCUCCCCACCCGGCUCGGCGUAGGUCCGCGACGUGGGACAAACCCGAACCGCCGCGUGCGUACGUGCAGUUUACUACGGCACACUAAGAGUAAAGGAACGACGGGUAGCAGCAGCGAACAAGAAGAAGAACAAGCGGCAAAGCGAGAGUACUUGAACAAAUCAGCAAACGCGAACAAAUUACUUAUAGGCGGCCGUGUAUCGUCGGCGUCGGUGUGUCUGUUAAGUGAGCAGUAGCAGCAGUAGCAACAGCAACAGUGUGAGAGCGUACCCUCAGCGUAACCUAAUAGUGUUGGCGGUCUCUUUUAAAAUUACGUGUAGCCAGAGAUCCGCCAGACCAGCAAAACAGGGGGAAGCGAGAAGCAGCAACACCGGCGAGAACGAGGGGGCAACAGCGUCAACCCUCAAACGAGAUCUACAUACGCGUCUCUCUGUACUUAGGGAAUAAUAUUCCGCCAGCUAAGGGAGCAACAGCAGCAGCAGAACAACGUUUUCUUGGCGUGGCGAACAACAGUAAAGACUUACACGAUUGCGGCCAGUGUUACAAUUAGUAGGAGAAGGAGCACUUACAAAAACAAUACUAAUAAUAAGGCCAAGUACAACGUCCUCUCCGCUGUCGUUUUUACAGGUGUGUUUGUGUUGUGUGACGGGUAAAGUGAGGACCGGUGUUAGGCCUCCAACCCUCCACCUCCCCCAGCAGUGCCCAGUGAAUCUGUGUCUACACGGCUUGACCGAGCAGGGGCGCAAAAAAAAGUGGAACACAGAACAGAUGAUUGUCGGUUUAAAAUUAGCCAUUUCUGGUUACUAAAAUUAAACCUCAAAGAGCUGUCGACAGUGCUGUACUGAGCGGUUACCCCGAGAGGUAGAUCGAGUGUGAGAGGAGGCACAGAUAGAGGAGGAGCAGGCAAAAACAAAGCACAGCACAGCAAACUCUUGCUCUGCUCUGCGUUUGUUGCGAUAAACAGAGGAAGCAAACACGUACGCAAAACGAUCAAAUUUGGAAUCCUGGGAGAACUGGCAGAAUAAAAAGUGAAACAAUUUGAACCGGUAAGUGAUAGUAGACAAAGCAGCAAGAAGGUAAACAGGGAGCAAACUCGAAUGAUACUCGGUUGUUUUGUGGACAAAAACCAUUGCUCCCUCCAAACAAACGGAAACCUGAAACCCGAAGCCGGCAGUGUGGCAAAGCUGUUGGGAAAAUGAAUAUAGAUCCAUCGGAACAGGCACAAGAACAGGAAGAGCAGCAAACGACGACGGUGGCAGCGACGGAAUCGGUGACGGUCGAACCAGAAACAUCAGCAACAACACCACCAGCAGCAGCAGCAGCAGCUCUAGCAUUACUAAUAUCCCCAUCGUCACCCUCGUCAGCGUCGACCGUUUCGCCCACUGCUUCAUCGAUUUCGAAAAACAGCAGCACCGACGAGGUCGAUGAAACUACGGCGGAAGCAGAGCAGCACCCAGAAGAAGCAGUGUGUAGUGCCGAGUCGGUGGUGACGGCAACGGCAUCGACGGCGGCACCACACCGAGGGGAGGACGAACAACAACCGCAGCUAAAAACGGCACAGCAGCUUGAACUCGAACAGCGAGCCGAUGAAGAUGAUGUCCACCACAAUAACAGUCCCGUUCGGCAGCAGCAGCACGGUGAGCGGUCGCCAACGGAACUGGCGGGCGCUGGGCCGAACGCAACGAUGACACUAGAAGCGACCGAUACGCUAGCUCAAAACGUGACCACCGACUUAAGGACACCCGAUACGGAUGCGCCAGCUACAGUGCCAGUGCCGGAGGGCGCGAGGACGGAGGACGAGUGCGACAGCGCGAAGGAGGAUGGUGCGGCGGGCGAGGCGCUGUCGAAGCAAGAACUAACCGCGGAAGCCUUAUCACCGAAAACACCACCAUCGUUGUCAGCGAGCUCGUCGAGCUCCUCCUCAUCCACACCGUCGACGCCGUCCGUGAGCGAGGAGCGGCGCCUGCCGGCCGUGCCGGAAGAGGAUACGAUUGCAGCGGACGAGGAAUAUCUUAGUAGGGCCGAGGGCGAGGAGACGCUAACCGUAUCGAACAAUAAUCCUGCGCUGCUAGAGGUUGAGCUCACGGCGCCGGUGCUCGUUGACGAUGCUGGCAGUAGCGGCUGCAUCAAUGACCACUACAACAACAAUAACAACAACAACAACAACAACGACGACGACAUCAGCAAAGGCAGUGAUAGUGACUUUCAAAUUGUGGGUGACAUCAGCAGCAGCAACACCACGCACACGCAUGACAGCGAACGGACUGAGGAUGGUGGUGACAGUGAGACGGCAACGUUCUUAUCGUCCCCAGCCAGUCGCACCGACUUGGAGGAAGGCGUCCAAACGUCUGCUGCGGCACCCGCCACCGAAAUAGCCCUAGGACAAGGCGAACAGCGGCGGGGCUGUGUUGCUCCCGGCGAAGGUGGCGACGAAUGUACUGCUGCCACCUGCCAGCGGGCCGGUUGCGAUUGCGAGCAUUUGGGAAGCCGUGUUGAUGUGUCGCAACAACCACCAUCGCCGCCGCCACUGCUGGGUAAAGCCGCUGGUAGUAGUGCUGACGAGGAGGAGGAGGUGGCGAAUGAAACGAAUGACGACAAUAACUGCGAGUUGUCCGUAGCACCGAUAGAGAUAGUACAAACCGAACCGUUACCGAGCGACGCUAGCAGUACAGUGCAGCGACAGGGCGACUUAAUUACCACUGCCGAUGUGGUGGCCGUGGCGGAGGUGGAUCAGCAGAACGGCGAUGAACGGCAGCAGCAGGAGGAGGCGAAUGAAGGUGAUGUGGUUACGGCGGCGCAAUCUGAGGAGAACGAAACGUGUGCCAGCAGAAGCGAUGCGACCGAUACAACCGUGGACGCAUCGCCAUCUAGCUCGUCAUCCUCUUGUUCGUCUACUACUACUACUACUAGUGCACCCUCCCCAUCGCCACCGUCGUCGUCCUCGGUUUCCUCGUCGUCUUCGUCGGAACCAUCGCCAGAAGUGGUGUUGGCCGGAUCCCAACAAGAACCUUCUGGCAAGGGAGAUGAUGGUGAUGAUGAUGCGAGUCAGCUCGUCGGAGACAAUCGACCGUUAGGUGAUGGCUCAUCGAAAGGACACUCCCUUGAGGAUGGUGAAGGAUUUCCCGCUGUUACGCACCAUCGAACGCCACCCGACCUUCGAACGGUUGAUGCAGAUGCUGCCGUGGUUCCGCAGUCGUGCAGCGAGGACGACGAGUGCCGCAGCAUUGGUAGCGGGCGACACAGACAGGUCACGACGACGGGCACGCGGUUGCUAACGCUAGCCGAGGAGCUCUCACAGGCAGGCGCAGCAGCAGAGCCUUCGUCACUGUACGCGACCGUCGCAGCACCGUCUUUAGCAGCAAGCGCACCGCCACCGUCCACAGUCGUAGAUGUCCUACCAAAGAGUGCUGCCGGCACAGCAGCAGCGGUGGUCAGUGGUAGCAGCAGUAGUAGAAGCACGUCGCCCGUUCUGCACAGCAGCCUGAAGAAACCGAGCAAAAGGAUGGUGGUCGCGACUGGCGCCGGAACAGUGGCAGCAGCAGCGGCAGCGGCGGUAGAGACGGCAAAGGGCGAAAACACGAGGCGAGUUUCCUUUCCGAAGGAUGCGCAGCUUAUCACCGGGUAUCUGGAGCCCGUCAACCCUUGGUCCUGCAUAUCGAUUUGCGAAACAACGGAGCUGCUGGAACUGUACCGUAGUUCCUGCAAGCGACACAACACGGUGCCGCUCCAAAGCGUGCUGGAGCACCUGCAAUCGCUCGACGCCACGAAGGAUCGCGUCCCGCUGCUCUCGCUGAGGGAUCAGCAUCUCACCUACGGCGGCUGCGAAGCGCUGGAGGAAAUCUUCAAGCACGUGCAGUACCGGUGCAUCGACCUGUCGCACAGUGGGCUGAACGAUGUGACGGCCAGCGUGAUGUUUGACAUCAUCGAGUACUACGAGGCGGCGACCGAGCUGGACAUAUCGGACAAUCUGCAGAUGUCGAGCAAAAGCUGGACGGCGUGCAUCAACAUGCUCAAGAAGAGCCAGGCGCUGAACGUGCUGAUAACGCGCGGUCCCACGAUAUCCGACUACCAGGCGAACAAUCUCGCCAAGGCGCUGAACGCGUCCGCCAUACACACGCUCAAGCUGGAGCACUGUGUGCUAAGCCAGCAGCCGAUCGCAUCGCUCUGCAACGUGCUGAAGCGCAACGAAGUAUUACGGGAGCUCUGGCUAGCGCACAACCAGCUGAACUGCGAAGAUGCGCAACAGAUUGCGAAUUUGCUGCGGUCGAACUUUUACAUUCAGCUGAUCGACAUCUCCAACAACAGGAUCGGGGACAAAGGCGUUGAGCACAUUGUGAAUGCGAUUGUCGAGCAGGCGGUGUACUUUAAGGACGUGCAGGACAAGAAGCGUAAGAGUGAUCUCAACUUUUCCGAUCUAUCCAGCAGCCUGAACAACAUUAACAACAGUGCGAAAAACUACUUCCCCCAUCAACGGCUACGAUCGUCCGAUUCCGAGUCGAUGCCGGCGGGCGCGGAAGCCGAUGAGGACAAAUCGCCAUCGCCCCUAACUCUUACCCCACCAGUAACGCCACCGUCGACUCCCGCUCUUCCAACCACGUGCGAAACGGGCACGGAGGAGACGAAGCAGGUGGCACAACCACAGGCCAGCAGCGACAAGCAGCUGGAGCCUACGAAUGGUGACGCCACCUACGCGGUAGCAGCGCCCACAGUGUAUACGAUGCAGCAGCAGCAGUCCAACAAUGACGAAACGAACCCACCACUACUACCGCCAUCAUCACCAUCAGCAUCAUCAACAUCAUCGUCACCGCUCACCCUGCCAACGCUCGGUGCUGUUGCUCCGUCGAACGUGGAGCUAGUGGAAAUGAGUACAAAACAUAGCGUAAGUCUACAAACAACUAGUGAUAGGGAGAAGCUCGACGCGGUGGCAGCGCGCCCCGCCAUGAUGACGGCCGAGGAAGAAGCACUGAUGAAUUCCUCUAGCGGCGGAGCAACGGCCACGGUGGAAGCGGUGGCGUUGGUGACAGCACAGGAGACAGGAGAGCAAGCGCUGAGCGAUGGUGAUGGCGAGAGCAGGACGAUGAGCACCUCAGCGGAAACAGUACAAACCGACCGCAGCGAGUCGACGGUGGUUGUGCGAGAAGCUAGCAACGGUGGGGCGGAGGAAGAGUUGACGGGGAAGGACUUGGAUAAGCAUUCGGAGAGUCCGGUGCCGCAGGCACCUAAAAAGCCCCGGCUGGCGAAGCAGGACAGCGUGCUGACGGAGUUUGAGGCAUCGAUCGCGACCGCCAUGGAAACGGGCGAGGACGGUGAGGGGCUAACCGAACAAAAGCCGAAGAACAAACUGAGUGGCGGCGAAGGUGUCACGAUACCUUCGGCCAUCGAGGAGCAGCCGAGCUCGGCGAGCGUGAUGGAAGAGGACGUGCCAGAGCUGUGCGCCGACUACGAUGACGAUGGUAGCAAUUUCCGAAUUUCGCAGGAGAAUCUGUUCGUUGAGCUUGGCAUACCGGCACUGAGCGAGCAGGAGGAGCGCCUGGAAGCGGACAGUGGUGCGCCCGAUUCGCCGGGUGAUGUGUUUCCCCCGCUCGUCGCCGUACCAUCGAAGAAGGAUGAGCUGCAGCUGCUGAUCGAAAAGUCGAAACAGUCGGCGACAGGCGAAGCCGUGGCCGAUCGGCUGGAGCAACCGGCUGUGCCAGCCACACCGCAGAAGACGCUGGGCGGAGACAGGGAGCGAAAAAGUGCCAUUAGCAGUGAUGAGCGGCCGGUAGCAGCAGCAGCAGCAGCAGCAGUAGCAGUGCCGGCAGCUACUACCAAGAAGAAUCGGACGCAAUCGAGCAGCAGCGACAGCUACGUGCCGUCGGCGGAGCGGGCCAUACAGAAGGUGAACGUUGAAAUCAAGGACAGUGUGCCGCUUUCCCGCUCGCUCGACUCGGUCGGCGGUGAGUCGGAGUCCGACUUUGAGAGCAGCAGCCCGUUCCGCACGACCGCGCCCGGUCCCUUUCCGAACGAGCGAUCGUUCAGCUCCGAGAGCCUGAACAGCGAAACGUCCAUCGAUUCGAACGACUCGAAAUCCAGCCUUAAAAUACACGAGUCGAAGUUUGCCGCCAAAAACGGUACGCUGGAGCGGCAGCAAUCGAACCGGGUCUUGAACCGGGACGCGGCCGGCGCGGAACAGGCGGCCGCCAAUCCGGGCGGGCUGCAGGUGCUAGUGUUGUGGAACAAUGAGAUGACGCGCAGCUCGGCCCGUCACUUCCAGCGGCUGCUGGAGAAAACCAGCACGCUCGACACGCUGAACGUGGGCAGCAAUCAGCUGUGCAAUAGCUUUGUGGCCGGCAUCAGUGGCAGCUUGAAGGCGAACACGACGCUCACCAACUUGGGGCUACAGGGUGCCCAUCUGUCGGACAAGGGCGUAAAGACGAUGGCGGAAAUCAUCGAGUUCGGCGGCAACUCAUCGCUGCAGCGGAUCGACCUGCGGCACAACAACAUCCAGAAGGCGGGCUUGGAAGCGUUGAACGAGGCGAUGAAGUCGAACAAAUCGGUCACCCGCAUCGACCUGGACGAUACGCCGCGACGAAUCAAGGACACAUCGCUGGACGGCGUCGGGUCGGAGUACAGCCGGCUGGUGAACAACAUCCGGGCACAGUGCGAACGGAACAAAAACCCGCCGGAGCCGAGUGAACCCAUCAGCACGACGGUGCGGCGGGCGCGCGCCAACUAUCUGAGCUCGCGCAAGAUUUCCCUCACCUGUCCAUCGAUCAAAACGUCGCCGAGUGCGAUCGCGGACAAGCAGCAUCUGCUCGAUCCGAACGGUGGGUGCAAAAAGUCAACCGGGGGCCGUUUACGCUCACCAUUGCCCAGUCCCAUUCCUUCACCCGCUGCCUCGCCAGUGCCGAGCCCGUCCCGCAAUCGAUUCCACGUGUCGCGAGUGAGCGAUUCUGGCGGUGGUGGUGGUGCUGGCGGGACGGCGUCAUCGCCAUCACCCUCGUCGACCGGUAGCUCGCCGACGCUCUUCUUCCCCUCGAACUCGCGGUUUCGCGUGGUGACGGUGGCCGAGCCGGAUGCGGCAAAGAGUGCUAACGGUAAUCCGUACCGCAGCAGCAGCACGAUCAGUCUGCCCAUGAGCAAAUCGUCAGCCUCAUCCUUUGCCAUGGGCGGUACGAGCUGUGCCGGUACGAUGGCCCCUUCGGCGGGCACGAUCAAUCGGCGCCCGGUGUGCAGCUCUGCCCCGACGCUCUCGUCCUUCCCUCCGUCGCCACUGUCGCCGCUGGCUGCGGGCGGGCCGGUAGGGGGACGCGUCGCUGUCGCUAGCCAAACACCGUCGCCACUGUUGCCUCCCUCAUACAGCACGGGGUAUCACAGCACGGGGUAUCACAGCACGGGGUUCCAGACCACCACCAUGCUACCGUCACCACUGCUUACGGCGGGAUCGUCCCCUACCAUGCCUGGUGGGUUGGUGCCGAUCGUCGCAAACACCGCCACGAUGCCAUUGGGAAUCCCACAGACACUACUACAGCAGCAGCAGCAGCAGCACCAACAAUUACAACCACAGCCUCACUAUCAGCCACAAUUCGUUCCCAUGAUGCCGCAGCAGCAACAGCAGCCGCAGCCAAACUAUCACUUUAUCACCACGUUUGGCCCUGGGAACAGUACAUCGAUUCCGCUGCAGCCAAUGAUUACCCAAAUACAAAAGUACCCUAAUCUCACCGAUCCACUCGUAACGCUGCCACCGCAGCACCCAAUCCAACAACAACAACCAUUACAAUUACAGCACCCACAACAACAACAACAACAACAGCAGCAGAUUCUACCACAGACACCGUCAUCCUACACGGGCAAGGGGCGUCAGCAUUCAUGCGAAUCACCCCAUCAGCAUCAGCACAGCAGCAGCAACACCAGCAGUACCACGCUGCACGAUUCCGUGCUCUCCUCCACCAGCAUCGAAAGUCCGGACCUCGAGGUAAAGCGGUUCAUGUCCGGCGGAGCGCUGCGGGACGACAGCUGCUGCUCGUCGAUCAGCAGCAACAGCAUCGAGUCGAUCGAUAAUGCACACUUCAACCUCAACACCUCCAUCAGCUCGACGGAUGAAAGCUUUGAUUUGAUCGUAAACUCUCCACCGCCGGUCACUACCUCCGCAAUUGCGAGCAAUAGCUUCGUACAGUUGCCGGCAGGUGGCACAGUAAGCUGUUCCUCCGAAGUGAGCCCUAACGUUAGCUCCAUUUCGCGCAUCCCGGAAGAAGAGAGUACGCUGAUUGCUAGGCAGUCGGCCUCCUGCGGUGGUGAGCCGCCGAAGGCAACGCUCGAUGCGCCCGCGAGCUUUUCUUCGUCCAGCAUGGUGCACGUGCCGCUGGCAAGCUCGCAAGAGUCGCUGUACGAUGUGCAUGAUCUAUCGGGCUCCUCAAACUCUUCAACUGCUGCUGUUGCAAAUCUAGCGCCAACGGGGAAACUCCAGCCGCCACCACCGACAGUGACCGCUCUCCCGCCGGUGCCGACCACUUUCUCAGGUGGCAGUGUUCUUCCUAUGCCAAAUACUACCGGUGCGGCACCCGGCGCGGCAACCCUGUCGGCGGGUGGCAAUAAUUCCAACGAAAGCACGCUCACGUCGGUGCAAAACCUGGAGCGCGAACCGACAGUUACCAAGCCGGCAAGCCACAGCGAGAAGCCACCGCGCGUCCGUAAGACCUCGUGGAUACUGGGCGGCAGCGGAAGCAGCCACAAGCACGCCGAUUCGAGCUCGAGCGGUGGCAGCACGCCGACACCCGGCGGUGGUGGCAGCGGCUACCCGCCCGCCAUCGAGAAGCUGCUCAGCAUCUUUCAUCCGAGCAAUCUGUUUUCCUCCAGCAAAGCCUCGUCCGCGUCGUCGGCCAGCCCGCCACCGAGCGCGGCACAGGACGGUUCGCAGCCGCCGUCGCGCAAGGAAAGCCCGAUGGGCGGGCUGUUCUACUGGGCGCAUCACGGGGCGGGCAGUGGUAACAGCAGCAACACGAGCGCCAACACCAGCCCCACCAGUGCCGGCAAAAAGGAGGCCGAUCGGGCGGCCGCGCUGAAGGUGAACGUUUCGCCCGAAACUACCCUCACGCCGCAACAGCUGCAGCCGCUGCAAAACCAGGCCCAGGUGAUGGCGCAACUGCAGUCCAGCUCCAGUCAUCCGCAGCAGCAGCAGCAUCACAGUGCCGAACGUAUGCCACGGCAGCUGAAGGUGGAGAUGAAGGAAAACAUUUCGCCGGAAAACACCAUCACCAACAAGCUGCUACUGUCCUCGAAUGCACCCGCUGCUGGGGUGGAUGUGUCGACCGUUUUGAUAGCGCCCAGCUCGCCAGCGCUGGCUGCUGCUCCGAUCGUGAACGUGGCACCGGCGACGACGGCCUAUGCGAAGGUUAUCUUCCAGCUCGGCGGCGAUUACGACGAGUCGGAGGACGAUAUCGAUACGCUGACCAGCAGGUACGGCAACCAUCCGGGCUUGGGUGGUGGUGGCGGUGGCCAAAGCGGGCCGAGCAGCUUGCUCGGUGGCAGCACCACGAGCAACAGCAGCGGCAUCAGCAUCGGCAGUGGCACGAGCGCUGGCGAAAUGAUGAGCGGAAGUGGCGGAAUGUUGGCUGUGUCACCCUCGCCGAGCACUACCAGCGGACAGUCGGCCACGUCGGACACGGUCGUGGUGCUGAGCCAUCUCGGGCAGCUGGCACGCGAUUCGCUCAGCAUGUUCAAGAAUCCCAGCCUUACCUCGCAGGACUCGAUUUCGAUCCGCUCGAUGGACUCGCUGACGGAGAUCGGAGGCGACACCAAGACAGCGGCGGGACGGAAAGAUGCAUCACCGGUGGUUGCAGUGACCGCGACUGUCGUGGCACCACCACAACCACCUACAUCCACCGCAUCGUCAUCAUCAACUCCAUUGGCAUCCGCGUCGGCGGCGGCCCCGUUGGUGGCCGACAUACAGUUUGAAACACGCUAGGGCACAGGGCAAGCAGCGAAGGGUGAUGGUGGCAGUACUUAUGUGAACACAAACUGUCCAACACACUGGUUCAUCGGUUGGGUGUGCGUGUGUGUGUGUUUGGGUGUGCUUACAAUAUCUGUUAGGGUUUCGUUGCGUUCGGUUCCGGGCGUGUGCUAACGUGUUCGGUUUGUUGUGCUUACAAAUGUUAACACGGGGGAACACAGUGCCCUCCUACAGUGCCUACAGUGCCUCAUCUUAUUUGCGGUCAGUUGCGGCAAACAGUUAAGAUGUAUUGCCCCCUUUGGAGUCCAUUGCUAUCGAAUUACGUUUACGAGCUACAAUCCACAACAGAGAGAGAAAGAGAGAGAGAGAAAAAAGCAAGAUCAUAUUGAUAGAACUGUUUUCAGUUAACAAAGAACGCAAUAUGGCCUGUUUUACUUUGAAUCGCAAAGAGGUUUUUUUUUUCCUUCCCUCCCCCCUCCCCAUCAAACCAUUACCAUCCUUUCAGUCUACUAGAAAAGAAACAUAAUGUGCCUUCUUGAAUAAUUGAAACAAUUUAAACUUGGAAGCUGGAAAUUGAACGAAAACCGCGAUCACCUACGCGUACUCAAGCAAGCAAAAACUAGCGCGCUGAUGAUGAAACGAUGCAAGUUGGCCGAUCGUCUACGAAACGAGCACCUGGAAGCAAAGCUACUAAUGAACUCGAGGAAAACAUACAUCCCCGUUGCGAUGUAGAGAAGAAAGAUUGCAUUAUUGGAUGAACCACCAACUUUGAUAUACUAUACUUGACUGAAUAGGUUAUAUUAUAUAAAAAAAAAAGGAAUACACAAACCAGAAGCGAGAAAGAGAAGAGAGAGAAAGAGAGAGUAGAAACACUGUGUAAAAUCCCAAAACGGAUAUACCGCAAUGAUGGCGACUGAUAGGGGAAAGCGUGAGCGAAGCAAAGAAGUAGAGAAAAGUGGACAUAACGUUUGCUAUCAUAAACCCCCCCCCACCCCCUCCCCCUCCCUGGAUAUGCAUUAUUCGGUGCAUUCAAAGUGAGGAUGAAACCAAAACACACAAAACAGACAGGCCCCAGAAGGACAAUAGGGUAGGCCCAAGACCGAUCAUCGCUUUAGUUUUUGGUUGAAUGGGCUGAACGAAGCAGUGUGUGUGUGCCAUUUUUGGUACAGAGCUUUAUUUUACUAUCCCAUUCCCGGUCUUGGCGUUGAAUGGAUUGUACCAUUUUACACCACGCAUCAAGCAGCAACAGUGAAAAGACAAAAGAUAUGAUUUUUCUGUGCAAUCGAACAGCGUGCGAACAAAAAGAAGUGAAGCGCGCUGCCUGCUAUUAGCGAUCAUUUGAAAAGAUCGCAAUUGUGAUCGGCUUCGUAUCGGGAAACGGUCAGCUCGAUCACUCUUUGCCGCACAGUCAAUGAAGGUGAGAUUGAUGAAUGAAGCAGCAGAACCCCCUCUCCCCCCCCCCCUCCCUCACCUCUGCCCGAGGAUGUCUUUUUUUAGUUUAACUAACAAGCAUUGAAAUUGAGUUUCGGUCGCUUGUGCUUGUGGUUUUUCGUUGGCACCAAUCAGCGGUCUAGCGGUUGGCUGUUGGCCAACGAGCUGCCACCGGCACUGUCGCACAGGAACGGUGCAAAAAAAAGAAGAAAUGCAUCUACGAAGAGUGCAUAUAGCCAUUACAUUCUUUCGGCGGAGUGUCCGCUUCCGCACGAAUGGGCCAGUUGGCAGCGUUCAAGUGACAAACCAAUUAAUCAAUGGCCGUGGGCGGCACCAACAUCAAACAUCAAACCCAUUUCCGCCGACAACUGACAGCUGAGGGCUCUGGCUUGGCACUGGGGUAGGAAAGUGUGUCCCCCCUUUAACUGCUUUCAAAACAAACGUUGAAGAACAGGAACAGAGGAACAAAUGAAACGUUUGAAACAAAAAGGCACGAUAACUCGUACACGAACCACACACACACACGCACGAAUGGGCAAACUGGUGUAAAACGAAGGAUAGGAUUUAUAUUGCGUGCAUUAGAAAAAGUGGCAAUCGAAAUGGUCGAAACGAAGUACUAUAAUUUUGCAAACGUUUAAUUUCUUAAAAAUAUUUCCCUCCCUCCCCAAAAAAAAAAAGAAAAAGAAAAACGUGCGUAAAACAGCGUCGGGCUGAAACACGAUGGACCGGAUUUUACGUACACGUACUUAUUGUUUUGUUUAGUUUUGUUUUUGGCAUACGUUUUACUUACACGGCAUCACGCAUUAUAAAUUUAGGCAAACGUUUACUUAAAAAAAAAUAACACUGAAGGGAAAAACAAACCACAGCCCCCCUGGAACCCACAGUUAAUGGAUGGAAAAAGAUUAGCUAUAUGCACACAAAAUGCAAAAAGAGAGAGAAAGUGAAGUAGGAAUGAUUGAUCGCAAUCGAAAUCGUAAAGCGCGUGAAUCGAGAAAUGUCUCGCCCCACAUACACACGCAACACACGUAAAGAAAAGAGAUCGAACAUAAAAAUCCCCUUUUCUUAUCAUACUAUCAUCGAAAUCACCAUUCAUGUCCCCGCCACAGUCACUCACUCACCCACACGCAUAUUGUAGAAUCGAGAUUCCAUGAUCAUCUCUGCCUGCCGGUCUGGGGAUCAUUACCUGGUACACUGCUGUGUCACACGACCGAAAGCAGCUCCUAUUGCGCUGUCGAAAGCAGAGCCAUCUUCAGGACCGAUAACCGAUUUAAAGCCAUACAGCGAUUUUCCAAUAUCCUUUCACGCACCAGGCGUACUGUAUGCACGUGCUGGCUCUGUUGAUCAAUUGAUCUUACUGCUAAUCCGGUCUUCUAAGCGCGUCUAAUUGCUAAUGCGAGGGGGUGUGGGUCCGCGCGCGCGCUCGUGCGUUUACUGCAACCUAGUUUCCUUCUUCUGUGAUAUACAAGAAAAGCACACUUGUGAUAAGGUGAAAUUUAUUCGUACAUAAUUUUUGUUGCUAUAUACGUUUUGUUUGUUUUAAUUUUGUUUUUUUUUUGCUUCCUUUCAUUUUCCUAUAUCUUUCUGUUGUGUUUAGUUGUUCCUGCCUUUACGUUUCCCUUGAGCUUUCUUUUGUUCAUUUCCUUGUUAUUGUUUAGUGUAUUUUUGUCAACUUACCUGAUAAACUUUUUUUAAAAAAAAAGGUACGAAAUGCGUGAUAGAGAGAAAGAGAGAGCGUGAAAGAGAGAGUGAGCGGGAGAAACAUUCAAACAAAGUCAACGACAAGAAGGUGUGAAUGUGAAAAGUGGAAAACAUUAAAAUAUUGAUUGAAUGGUGUAAAAGUACACAAACGCGCGCGCACGUGCGUACGUACACCUCACAAAAGCAAGACGCAAAGCAAGACAAUUGAUCAACAGGGCAGGGUCGGCAAGUACAAGCCCUAAAAGCGCGAAACAUACAACAUUAAUUAACCUUUUUUUUUUUUUUGGCAGAGUGGCAAACAAACAUUUACGCGACAUCACGCCCCCACCACACCCCCCACCCCGAAAAACCACCCAAAAUCACUCGUUUAUGUUACUACGAAUUCAGUUGUAGAGAACACAGAGAGAGAGAGAGAGCUACAAACACACACACAUUCACGUGUUUGGGUGGGGUGCCACCUCCACCGCAUGCUCAAGGAGGAAAAGCAAUAGAAUCUAACAGAAAGAGGUGCUAUAUGCGCGUGGCUAGGCUAGGAGGAUUUAGGAUGUCGAUGCGUCCCUCCCCUUCGUACAUUAAUGCUCUCGGAUGCGUCAUCUACCCCAGUUCCUCCCUUUCCCACAAACCACCACCGACCCCUCCACCGACAUUCUCACUAUUAUUUUUGCCCACCUUUCAUCGUUCAUCCUUCAUCGCUGCAUCAUUGUUGUGUUGUUAGCGGAAGAACGUAAAACAAUAAUCAGUACCGACAAUUUACACACCACACCUCCUUUAACUUUAAAACGGAGCGAUUUUUAUGUUAAAUUUUCAUUUCAUUUAUGUUUGUUUAGGCGUCUCUGUGUAUGUAAUGUGUACUUGUGUAUGUGUUUGUGUGUGUGUGUGUUAUCCUUAACUGUGCGUCGUCGUACGUACGUUCAUCUCUGGUCGCGUUUUACAUGUUUCGCAAUCGCAAUAGAACAACACAUAAAAACACACACACACACACACACAGGCAUGUAUGCAUACAUAUACACACACAUCCACAUACCUUUAUGUAGAUAGAUUUUUUUUAAAUAAUUUUAUUAUGUUGUACGUUAAUAAAAGUCGAAAAGUAACCGUUGA